AUGAUCCAUCCGAAGUUUGACGACAAUAUAGUGAACGAUAUAGCGCUAUUAAGUCUUGCUUCUGCAGUUCCUCUCGCUAAUAAUCCUCAUAUAAAUUUCGCAUGCUUGCCUCUAGAAGUUCCCAAAGUCAAGAGGAGAUGCGGGGUCUCUGGAUGGAGUGAAGAGCCCUAUGAUCAUCUUGAAGCUUUGAUAUAUAUGAAAGAAGUUGAUGUACCAAUUGUUGACAAUAAUAAAUGCGAAGCGCGGUUGCAAACAACAAGAUUGUCUCAUAAUUUUAAAUUGGACAAAAAAAGUUCUAUUUGUGCUGAGGGCGAACCGGAAAAAGAUUCUUGCUCGGGUGACGGAGGCGCUCCUCUUGUCUGCGAACGAACGAAUGGUCAGUGGGAAGUUGUUAGUCUUGUUGCUGGUGGUGUUAGUUGUGGACAACCCAUUCCUGGACUCUAUGUUAAUGUUAAAAAUUAUAUUCCAUGGAUUCAUGAACAAAUUGCUAAUAGUUGUUAG